GUGAGAAGAAAUAGGCAUGGCCUGUGCUGAAAGUACACUUCCGGGUUAAUUUAUUGUUUACAUUACAGAUAAAAGCCGAGCACAGAGCGAUAAGUGAGAGCUUGAGCGGCCAAAAGCAACAUUUUAGCUGGGCGUUUUGAAACACUUGGUCGUUUUCAGCUGACUUUUUAAUGCUGAGUGCAGCAUAGGACUUUGGAAACAUGUUGCUAUCAGUCGAAAUAGUUUUUGGUGAACAGAAACUGAGAGAAUUCGCCCUGCACGAAGCUAAUCCCGUUUGCACUGUCUACGAGCUUUUUAAGUCUAUUGUCACUGGGCAAAAUUCGUCGGCAGAAACCUUUGUCUUACCGCCUGAACUAAGACAUUUACCCGUCGUCGCCGCCGUCGGAAACUCGAUGGAAGUUUCCGCUUUCCAAAAUUUGCCAUUACAUAGCUUGAUAGGUGAUGUGUCCGAAUUUGGCAAGUACUUUCGUUUUUCUGUCAAAGCUAUUUCGCAGUCCCCGCAGCCGUCAACUGUUGACAUUUUUGACUGUAUAAUAAAUGACUGCCAUAACAUGAAAGAUGUUCGGCGGGCGGCGGAACGGAGUCCGGCGUUUCGGGAAGCGAUUCAACACGUCUUAAACGAUGCAGGUAGGCGAGAAAAAAGACAUGAAAGAGAACACCCUUCUGUCCGCCUCCUGUCAAGUGCUUGUAGCACACCAAGGUUGCAGUAUGAGGUAGUGGAACCUACAAUGCCCACACCAAUACCGAUGCAACAAGAAGAGCCCAAGACCCCUCCAACAGCACCUCAAUCUACAGCAGAUAUUGACAUAGACCGUGAACGGGAUCGUGAGCGCGAAAUGCCAGUCGUCACUGCUGGCAAUGGAUCUGAGGACGGUGUACAGAGUAGUAACGGUGCAAUAAAUUUGAUAACUAUGAACCAUUAUAUUGAGGCAUACAAUAAUGCCAACUCUCCCCCUAAUAUGCCAAAGAUUGCUGUGCAUGGAAUGCCCUUUAACCCAUCCGCACAAACGUGUAAAACAGUACAGCGUGUUGUGAAAUGCGUAGAAUGUGGGAAACCUCGCUGCCUCUAUGCGCAAAAGAAAGUAACUGAUGAACAGAAAGUUCAACUGGAAGAAGCGCUGGAUGGAUUGCAGUAUACAUGUGGAUCAAGUCUGCAUGAUUUUGCAGAUGUGGACGAUGAUAAUCAUAUUUUUAGUCGAGUGUAUGUCAGAAAGAACUUAAUGUGCGAGGAUCCAGUUGAGGUUCCGUACUAUGUUAGUGGUCUCUUCCCUGAAGUUUGUCUUCACUGCGUUGCGACGGAGGACCUGGUUCAUGACGAAGGCGAGACUGAAUUGCAUCCUGUUUGUAGGAAGUGUUACACUGAUCCAAACAAAAAGAAAGUUCCGGUAAUGCGGUGGAAGCGCCGACGAUCUGGACAUGAAGAGCCGUACUUCAGCAUGAUGAUGCCCGGCAUCAACCCCAGUUUGGCACUAGGAUUUCGACCACCUCCCGAGUUUUUGACCGAGUUCAAGCAGAUACCAAUUGCCAUAUCGCAGAUGCAUUAAUAGGUGGGUGUGCCGGUAUGGUCUCAAACUUUGCCAUAUUACAGCAGCCAUUCCAAGGCAAAACAAUGCAACUUUAUCAACA